AUGAAAGUGUUAUUUAAUUUAGCAUUACCUUGUAUAAUAUUUAGAAAUCUUUAUAAUAACAAAACAUUAGAUUUAGAUUCAUUAUAUUUGUUUAUUGGAGGAAUUAUUUUUCAGUUAUGUGGUGGAAUAAUUUCUAUUUUUGUUUUUUGGUUUGUUAAAGACAAAACAAUUAAAAAAUUAUCUAUUUUCAAUUCUUUUGCAUUAAAUACUGCAUUAUUUAUAUUUCCUGUGAUGAGCUCUGUUGCUGAUGACGGAAUUAGUAAAACAAUUUUAUUUUGUGUAGCAAAUGAUUUUUGUUGUUAUGCAGUAUUAAGACCAUUAUACGCAAUAUUAGGAAUUUCUCAAAAUAAAGGAAAUGAUGCUUUUGAAACAGAUGAAAAGAAAAAGAAUUUAAUUUCUACACAAGAAGAACCAAUGACUGAAAUAAAAAUAGAUCUUCCUCAAUUACCAGAACUUACAAAUGAAACACAACAAUAUAAAAUUAUUGAACUUAAUGAUAAUAAAGUAAUAACUACUGCUGAAAACCAAUCUGAUCAUUAUUCCUUCUUAAAAAAAAUAUUUAAUGAAGAAACUCAAAAAAUUUUAAAAGAAACAUUACGUGCAAUUUUUACCUGUAUUCCAUUAUAUGCAUUAGUUUUAGGAUAUAUUUGUGGUUUAUCUCAUAUAAAAGUUCCUCAUUUUAUUAUAGCUUGUAUUGAUGUUGGAGCUAAUGCAAAUACAUUAUUGUCUUAUACUGUUUUAGGAAUAUUCUUUGAAUGGCAUAUUCCAUUAAAAUAUCUUUGGCCAAGUGUUCGUGUUGUUUUAUAUAGAACAAUAUAUGGAUUAAUUUAUGGUUUGACAAUAUAUUUUUCUUGUAAACCAUUUAUUGGGGAUGUAGCUCGUUUUGUUAUGUUAGUUUCUCCAUUAACUCCACCUCCUUUAAUUGAUACAAUUUACAGUGUUGAAUAUAAAGUUAAUCCUGUGGAUAUCCCAAUUCUUAUAAACAAUUUAAGUAUCAUUGUCAGUUAUGUUGUUAUUCUUUUGUUAAUGGUAAUACUCAACCCAUCUUUUAAUUAA